GCCAAACAGUCCUAAAUUUUCUCUUCAAGAAUUACCUAUGAUUUUCAUCAUUAAUAUUUGACACCUCCGGUUUUUUGCAAUAAAAGAUUUUUUCCAAAUCAACUUUUAAAAUAAAAAAUAAAGGCAAAAGCCGUGUGUGGCCAUAGGGAAUUCAGGCGAGAGCUCGAAACAGCGCGAAUCUCGAGGAUACGAGAUCUAUCGAUUGAUCAUGAAUUUAGGGCUUCCUCCUCAAAUUUGAUCUGUUUUCUGAGACUUUCUUGUAACCAUGUCAAGACCAAUGUUGCUUGUUUUUCUGUUGCUGAUACUCAUCAUCACGUCUCAAUUUGAGUGGAAACAACAACUGGUGAUUGACCUAGACCCGAGUUCAAGUAUUUCCCAGAAGCAACAACAGAUUUCACAGAGAGAAGAAGCUGUAAAAGAGAAAAUUAUCUUAUCACAAGAGAAGAAUAUUCAGGGACUGAAUGAGGUCAUUCGGAGUCUCCAGGAACAAUUGAAACAAUGCAGGAACAGUAAAGGGACAAGAAAUAGCAGUGUUAGCCCUUUGAAUGACAAUGUUAUUGAGCUUGAGAGGCAGAAGAUCCUGGAGGAUUAGACACAGACCUUGCAAGUCUAGUCACUGUUCUUGGUAUGCGUAAGUAUGAAAAUGUGUAUGUUUUUUCUUUCCUUGUACCACUUUCAAGUUCCUUUGCUUGUCAGUUACAAAUCAUUAUUGGUUAACUGAAACUACUUAUACUAAACCCCCCAUUCCCUGUCAA